CCUCCGCAGACCUCCGCAGAUCUCUGAGCAGACGACGAUGGAGGUGAGCAGGUGGACGAGGGCAGCACAGCUGAGACCGUUGAUCUCAGACGUAUCCGUUUGUUUGCGCCUGGUGUGCCUGUCAGGAGGCGGCCUCGAAGCGGAAGAAGAGGGACCACGAUGCCCCAGGAGCUGCCGCAGCAGCUGCUGCCCGCCAAUCUGUCAGUGGCCAGGCACACAGCAUACAGAGGGCAAGUGUUGUGCUGAUGUCUGUCUGUCUGUCAGGUUCGUCUGCCGGGAGAUGGCGAGUGCUUCCAGCGCACAACAGUGGGCAACGGCAUCGCCAGCCAAAAGGUGAAAACAACUUGUCGACGAUUGCACCAAGACAGAGAGUCAUUGUGUCUUGGUGCUGUCUAUCGGGUGCUGUCUGUAUGUCUGUCUGUCUGUCUGGUGUCUGUCUGUCAGGUGGUUGGUUUGUGUGACUUGGAGCCGGUGCAUUUGUCUCACUUGGGAGUCUUCUUCACCACUAUCGAGCGGCUGCCCCUCUCGGCUCUCUGUCUUGGCAUGUACCGGCAUCUACCGUGACCUGACCAUCGCUCAAGAUGAGCACAAGAUCUGGAAGAGCGUGGUAGGUUUAUGCGUCCGUCCAUCGAGUCUCUGACUGACGAGCACCGGCAUCACCUUGCUCUCUUUCUGUCGUCCUGUGCGUUUCCUGUGUGUGCGUGUUUGUGUCAGAUUGACGGUCCUACGCAUAACCGCCACACAGAGAAGGAGGCGGCAAAGGACGGGGCCGAGAACAAAGUCAAGAAACGAAUGGUGGGUGCUGGCGAGGGCAGUGCUGCCUCGCCAUCAUCAUUGCUGAAAUCUCUCUGUGCAGGGCAAUCUGCAGACUGUCAAUAUCGACGCGACCGAAGGCCAACUCCCCCUGGCGGUGGAGCUACUCCAGGCAUCCAAGGCCACUCUCAAGUACAUCCGCAUCGACGAGCCGACGGCGAGGAGGCCAUGGGAGGGCGGGGCACCUGGCGCACAGGGCGGGGCAGCGGCGUCUGGGGUGGUCUUUGACGGGGUCGAGGAGCUGCGUGUCACCAAUCAGCUGUGGCUGGAGACAUUCAGGUCCCCUGGCGGGGUGGGGCAGCACAAUACAAGACAAGACAAGACAGCACACACACCCUCAAUGGACGCACUAGUGCAUGUUGCCCCUCGGCUUCUGUCUGUAUGUCUGUAUCUCUUUCUCCCUGUGUGUGUGCAUUCAGGCGCCACGGGUGGGUAUUUCCCGAGCUCUCUAAGCUGGGGGUGGGCCACGUGUAUUCCAGCGACCGUUACGGUGGUGCCGGCUUCCAGUGGCACCACCAGAACACGCACUUGACCCUCCCCUCACUCACACACAUAGUGUCGACAUCGCCAAAGCUGACGUCCAUCCAAGCCGACGUCAUCGACACGGUGGACGGCACCGAGUGGCGGGCAUUCUGCGAUGCGGUGGCCGGGUGUGCCAACCUGACUUCCAUCGAGGGGCUCACCCUCUUGGCCAGCGACGAGAUCAGACUUUCGGCUGAGCAGAAGAAGGCAGAUAGCAAACACAACAGGUGGGUCCCGCGACACGAUGGCUUGUCGGUCUCUGUGUGUUGUGAUGCUGUGUUCCUUGCCUCUACCAGUGUGUUGAAGCGUCCUGUGUACCACUCGCUGGCCGCCCUCACAACUGCCCUCAACACGCACUGGAGUGACGAGCACGGCCUCGAUGGUGAUAUUAAGGACAGGGGCAGCGACGGCAUGCCUUCACCAUCGGCCGCCGAGGAACCACAUACUCUCAAGAGCGAGAGCGUCGAACAGGUCAACGCGAAAGGCGACACGGAGAGAACAGGUACACAAGCAACCGAGAGAGUGCCUAUCUCAUCUUAGUGGCUAUUGUUAUGCAUUCAGAAGCGCGGCCCAGGAAGCUGUCCUUCAACCAUGAGUUCGUCUUUGGUGCCAGCUUCUGUCGGCAGCUCAAGCGGCGUCUCGGCACCGACGACUUCACGCUCCAGGACCUCCUUGAGUGGGCACGUGGCGUCAAGUGUCAGCUCGAGUGGCGCCAACGCAGAGAGGAUCUGGAAGACCCAGACGACAGACCCCCGCACCCACUCGACAUCUCCUCCACGACGGCUCCUGCACGGCUGCGGUGGAGGGACGUGGUUAUCGACUGUGCGAGCAAGACCCCGACAGGCGACGCCACGGCGCCGAAAGACGGCCUCGUGGCGGACCUGAUCAGAGUUGUCGCCAAGACGCACGAGAAGGUGGGUGAGAACGGGCCAGUACUGGGGAUGGGUGUCGUUAUGAAUGGAAUGCUCCCUCACACACAGGUCGAUUUGGUGUCUGCUGGGUUUCCCAUCGACGACUCGUGGGCCGAGCUGCUCACCUUCCCCCGUGCCACCCACUUGUCCGUCCGAGGAGGGCGGGGCCUCCAGAAGAUGCUGGAGGGCAUCCCGGGAUGGCUGCUCGAUGUCGACGAGGGAGGCAACAAUCGACGGCUGCCUUCGGUCCAGCACUUGUACGUCGAGCUGCUGGGUGAGCUGCCGCGUGGUGCAAAUGCAGGCAAGCUCCAGGCGCUGGUGGGCAGCCUCAAGCACCUGAGGACGGUGCGCAUCUUUGGCCACGGGCUUGGCGACAUGAGCCAGUGUGUGUCUUACCUGUGCCCUGCCCAGCCCCUAGACAAGCUAGAGCUGUUUUUCUAUGAGGAUACUGGCUAUGAUGUGGACGAGGCGGCGCAUAAAGUGCGCCCCAACCUGAGCUACCCACUCAUCGCGGGCAUUUUUUCCGCCCGAAUCAACUCUGAUCCUGGGUGCAUUCGGGGGGUGCCUCGUGACUGUGUGACGAGCAUGCUGUCGAUGGCUUUGACCAUGCGGCCGAGCAAGGUCGAUUUUGACCUGCAAGUAUGGCCUCUGCCCGAGUGGUAUCCUGAUGAGCACUGCAUGUACUCGUUAAAUGAUGACAGCCCAUCUCAAGAGGAAGGGGCCGAUGAAGAGGGAGGGGAAGAGGGAGAGGGAGGCUGGGAGAAGUCGAGAGAUGAGUUCAGUGCCAAGUGUACGGCCAUGGUCCAGGAUGCAUACGAUGUGCAGUGUUUUGAGCAUUCGGUGGAUUUCCCUUCCAUGGGUGUGCGGGAUGAUAUCCACGUCUACUUUCAGCUGGGGCUGACGCGGAAGGAGGGGGCAGGGGCAGGCAGGUAGGCAAUUAAGGUUGAGAGCAGUGGCGGUAGACAAUAGGCAUUGUAGGUGUCUGGUCUGCAUGGACCCAUAAAGGAAAGGCCGAUUUGUUUCGUGAAAGUAUGUGCGUGCGUGGCUGCAAUUGAUAGGGAGACUCCGCCACGUGUGUGGCGGAGGUGAGAGCAUGUCUUAACACGGUGACGGAUGGAUUCUUUUUCUGGUGUGCUGUGCGUCAGCGUCCACGCCCUUCUGCCUUUGUCGAUGCGUGCAUGCGUGCGUGCACAGCCGAUGUGAGGCUACCGAGAGAGAAAGGAUUUGUUGACUUAUGAAGUGUAUGCAUGUGGGACGCUAGCGUGUGUGCAUGUGUGGGAGCGUGACUCGUGUGUGCCCCUCUUUCCCCCCUCUCACCCCCCAUCAUGGCUGGGCUGCCAUGUAUGUGUGUGUCGAUGGGAUUGCCAGUGGCAACACACACACACACACACACACACAUACCCAUUGGUCCUUUGAUUGAGAGUGGAUAGUCAGAUGACUGACUGGCUGCCUGUCUGUCUGUCUGUCUGCGUAUAUGAACGGACAAACGAACAACUCAAUGGAAGAUCAAGGAACCUCCCCG